GCAUACCACUUUUCUUUCCUCAAGCCGAAACCAUCACACACACAUACAAAUUGCACACCACCAUCUGUAAGCUAAUAGUAGAUUCCAGAACACCCAGUGCUCACCUCUCUCGCUCCAUUCGCUUCGCUGUAAUCUUCGUCCUCAUCAAAACCCUAGCUCUCCGUACACACGCUUCCUCAAUCUCUUAGCCAUGGAUAUUGAGGAGGAAAUCCGGUCGCUGCAGCUGGAUUCAGCAGCAGAAGAUAAUGGGGAUGUAAAUCCAGAAGCUGCAAAUCUGGAUGUCGAGAAGUCGGAUGAUAAGAUGGAGGAAGGUGAUGAUAAGAUGGAGGAAGGUGAUGGUAAGAUGGAGGAAGAUUCUGUUGACCCCGUGGCACAUGAGCCAAAAGUAAAGGAGAAGGAAGAACAACAUGACGAGGAUGAAAUAAAUAAGAAGAGGCACUUGAAUGUUGUUUUUAUUGGCCAUGUGGACGCUGGAAAGUCAACUACGGGAGGUCAAAUCCUUUUCCUUAGUGGUCAGGUUGAUGAUCGUACAAUUCAAAAAUAUGAAAAAGAAGCGAAAGACAAAAGUAGGGAGAGCUGGUAUAUGGCGUAUAUCAUGGAUACCAAUGAAGAAGAGAGGCUUAAGGGUAAAACUGUUGAAGUUGGACGAGCACAUUUUGAAACCGAGACAACUCGAUUUACGAUUUUGGAUGCACCAGGUCACAAAAGUUAUGUACCAAAUAUGAUUAGUGGUGCAUCUCAGGCUGAUAUAGGAGUACUGGUAAUAUCUGCUCGGAAAGGAGAAUUUGAAACAGGGUAUGAGAGAGGUGGACAGACCCGUGAACAUGUUCAGCUUGCAAAAACAUUGGGAGUGUCUAAACUGCUUGUUGUUGUCAAUAAAAUGGACGAUCCUACUGUGAACUGGUCAAAAGAAAGGUAUGAUGAAAUUGAGUCAAAGAUGGUACCAUUCCUUAAGACAUCAGGCUACAACGUGAAGAAAGAUGUGCAGUUCCUACCAAUAUCAGGUCUUAUGGGUACAAACAUGAAAACAAGAUUGAAUAAAGAAAUUUGUUCAUGGUGGGAUGGCCCCUGCCUUUUUGAAGCCCUUGAUGCUAUUGAAGUUCCUCUACGGGACCCGAAAGGUCCAUUCAGGUUGCCCAUCAUAGAUAAAUUCAAGGACAUGGGAACUACUGUUAUGGGGAAAGUGGAAUCCGGUUCGGUGCGUGAAGGCGAUUCACUGGUUGUCAUGCCAAAUAAGGCUCAUGUGAAAGUGCUUGCUAUAUUCAUUGAUGAAGAUAGGGUCAAAUAUGCUGGACCUGGUGAAAAUCUUCGGGUUAGGUUAUCAGGUAUCGAUGAUGAGGACAUACUGGCAGGUUUUGUCUUGUCAAGUGUGGCUAAUCCAAUACCUGCUGUUACUGAGUUUUAUGCGCAGUUGCAGAUCCUUGAGUUGCUGGAAAAUGCAAUCUUUACACCUGGAUACAAAGCUGUCCUGCAUAUUCAUGCUGUUGUUGAGGAAUGUGAGAUUGUUGAUCUGAUUGAGGAAAUUGAUAUGAAGACUAAGAAACCUAAGAAGAAGAAGCCUCUUUUUGUAAAGAAUGGUGCUGUAAUUAAAUGCCGGAUUCAGGUGAUUAACAUGAUAUGCAUGGAGAAGUUUGCCGAUUUUCCCCAACUUGGAAGGUUUACUCUUCGUACUGAAGGUAAAACUAUUGCUGUGGGAAAAGUAAUCGAUGCUCCAUCGAAGAAAAGUAAACAAUCUUCGACAAACUAAGCUCUCAAACAAUUUUGGUCUGAAGGCAGAGCUGUGUGAGUAGGAGAGUGGCAGCAUGAUGGGUUCCAAAUCAGUACCUACUAUUACUACUACUCGAGAUGCAUUUACUACUACUCGAGAUGCAUUGAUUCUGAUAGUACGUUACACAGUUUUUAGAUUUGAUCAGUCGUAUACGUUGCUUGUGCCCAUGUACUGUUGACGGAAGCUUUUGCUGGGUAGGGCGGCAUUUUUCAUUUAUGGGUGUAAAUUAGUCAUGAUUUUGGUUCACCCAGUGCUGGCUUUUUUCAUAUCGGCGAUCGUCAAUCACCCUAUUCCAUCUGUUUGUUACAAUUGGUUUAUUUUUGUACCAUAUCUCUAAUACGCGUGGAAGUUUGUUAGUUUGGCAAUGUUUUGCUUUGACUUUUGAGUAGCUGCCAUCUUGUUGAAUUUCUUUGUUUUGGUACACUGCAAUCUGGUGACAUUAUUGUACGUAUUUUCACUCCAUGAAAAAAGUUGCAGCAAAUGUGUGUCAAACCGUUUGCAGCUUAUGUUUAUGUC